CUUACUUCAUUGCACAAUAAUUUUUAUUUAAUCAAAUUUUAAUUUAAUAUUUGAAAGUAUCAAUAUUUUAGGAUAUAAAAAUAAACACACGUGUUUAGAUUUAAUGUUAUAAAUGUACAAAGAUACUGACCAUGUAAUAGCUCAGGGAGCGGAAGCUGUUGUCAAGAAGGUUGAGUUUUUGGGCAAGGAAUGCGUGUUGAAGAGGAGACUUGUUAAGUCAUUUCGGCACACCGAUCUUGAUCAGAGUCUCACUCGAAGUCGCAUGGUUGCUGAGUGUCGUAGCACAUACAAAUUAAGAAAGGAAGGUGUUUAUGUUCCUGUGAUAUAUCUUGUUGAUUUCUUAAAACGGGAAACUAUCUACGAAUACGUUCCGGGGGACACUGUAAAUUCCCUCAUCUCUAAUUCCUCCUUUAAUUCUUACGAUCUUAUCGGUGAAAGCAUCGCUAUGAUGCAUAACGCUAACAUUAUACACGGAGAUUUAACCACCAAGAAUAUGAUUAUGACAAACGAUGGACUACUUUGUAUUUUAGACUUCGGCCUUAGCUUUUUUUCUACACUUUCUGAGGACAAAGCUGUUGAUUUAUACGUUUUGGAGCGAUGUUUGAACCCCUCACAGUUUGAGGAGGUUUUAAACUCAUAUAAGUCAGUUGUUUCUGACCCUGACGAGAUAAUUCGUAAACUGGAUGAGGUUAGGCUUAGAGGUCGUAAAAGAGAUCUAACUGGCUAA